CUUUAGAAUAUUCGUAUGUACAUAUGCACAUAUGUAUGUAUAAGGCGGUUUGUGUUAAGACCAGAAUUAAAUGUUCCAGUGCUUGCAUAAAGUGCCAAAGCGCAGCGCGAAACAUAUAAACAUACUUCAAGGUUAUACAAUAAACAAAUGAACAAAAUGAGCACGUGUAGGAAAUUAGUUGGCGAGCCAUCGGAUAUUGUUUGGAUGGACUUGGAAAUGACAGGACUGAAUUUAGAUAAAGAUGUGAUAUUGGAAGUUUCGUGUAUUAUAACGGACAAACUUUUGAAUAUUAAAUCUGAAGGACCUUGUUUUACAAUAAAACAUCCAGAGAAUGUUUAUGAGAACAUGAACGAAUGGUGCAUAAAGCAUCACAACGAAUCCGGCCUGGUGGACAGGUGUAGGAGCUCAGAGGUGACGCCUGAUCAGGCGGAGAAUCUGAUUCUUACAUAUCUGAAGGCAAACAUACCAGAGCGUAAAUGCCCUUUGGCUGGCAACUCCGUCUAUGUGGACCGUUUCUUUAUACAAAAAUAUUUCCCACUUGUAAAUGAGUAUUUGCACUAUCGUAUCAUAGACGUUUCUACUAUUAAGGAGCUGGCGACUCGAUGGAAUCCCCAGAUUAUUGCAAGAGCUCCACGCAAACAGCUCGCUCACCGCAGUGACGAAGAUAUUAAGGAGAGCAUACAAGAAUUGAAAUACUAUAAGGAGCAUUUAUUCAAAUGAAUUUUAUGUUAUAAUAUAUAUAUGAACGUUAAGACGAAAAUAAAGAAAUAAAUCUGAUUAAUUAGUACGAAAAUGAAA